AUGGCGGCAAUGGCGGGUGGGAGUAAGCCGCUGAGGCUGAAGGACCUCCUGGAGCUGGACUGCGAGUCCUGCAGCGCCGCGGGCUUCCGCUGCUACCCGCGCCGCCUUUGCGUCCCCGGCGCGGCGGCGGCAGCCACCGUCGCCUCGUCGCCGAUGAUGCAGCGCGGCCCCAGGCUGUCCAGCCUCUCGAAGAGCCUCUCGCGCCGGCUCAGGGGAGGCUUCUGGAGGCGCCAGCAGGACGACGACGAAACCGCCGCGGCGCCGGCGGGCUCCGGUGCCUCCGCAGUGAACAGCACCAGCUGCUGCAGCAUCUCCGACUCCGAGACGUCCGACUCGAGCAAUUCCACCGGGAGGAAGUCGCACUCCCCGUCCGAGUCCGAAUUCUCGUCGGCCAGCUCCGACAGCCUGCACGCCGGUGACCCCUCCACCGCCGGAGCCGAGCACGAGAUGAUGAAGAGGGAAUCCGAGGAGGAGGAAGCUGAGGACAAGGAGCAGCUCAGUCCGGUGGGCGUCAUGGACUUCCCGUUCGACGAAGACGACGACGGCGAGGAGGACGACGGCGCCGCAGCCGUCGAGGAGGAGGAAGAGAGGGCCGCCGCUGGUGCACGCGCCUUCUCCUUCAGCGACAGCCUCGCCCAGCUCCAGCUCCAGAGGAGAAAGAUGAAACAGGAGCCCAAGAUCCGACGUCUCGAGAGCAAUGGGGAGCUCGUCGGCACGAAUCUCGAGGCGCGGUUCGCCGCCUCGGAGUCCGACGGCUUCACCGACGACGAAGUCGUCGUCCCGGUACAGCUCCAGUGCCGCAGCACCGACGCAGUGACGCCGCCACGACGGGACGAUCACCGGAGCGGCGGCGGCUGCGGCGCCGCUGCCGGAGAAGAUCCCGACGAGCCGUGCGGCCUCCUGGACCUACUGGUGGACACCGUGUCGGCCGGCGUGGUGGACGGCGUCACGGAGCGGCUCCUCCUCGACUUCUUCGUCGAGGCGAAAUGCGGCCCGGGCCAUGUCGAUCUGCGCGCGCCGGCGACCAGCCUGUCGCGCGAGCGCCAGCGGCGAGCGGACGGCGAGACGCUGAGGCUUGCCAAGGCCUGGCUGGAGGAGGGCGGCGCGGGGUGGAGCUUGCACGACGUGCUGCACCACGGCGAGGAUGUCAUGGCGCAGAUGGAGCGGGGCCGGCGGUGGGCGCACACCGGCGAGGAGGUGCGCGAGACCGGCGUGGUGGUGGCGGCCAUGGUGAUCGACGAGCUCUUGCAUGAGCUGGUGAGUGACCUCACUACGUAGGUUUCUGAAGCGAAAAAGAAUUACUUCGGAUGUCAACUGGAGUCAGGUUCGGUUUGGCUGAAAACUUGUAAUAGGGGUGUAGUGAUUUAGGUACUGUGGAAUAAGAAUGUGUAAAUAGUUUUGUUAGGAAGAUCACUGCUCUGUUUGCAUGUAAAUCUAUAAUCUACAGAUCAUCAAUCCAAGGACAUUUAAGAAUUUCAGAGUGCAAUCAACCAGGGU